GUCUAUCCACCUCAUUACAAAUAGCUCAAUUUCGUUUCUUUUUAUGGUUGAGUAAUAUUCCAUUGUAUAUAUGUGCCACAUCUUCUUUAUCCAUUCAUCUGAUGAUGGGCACUUAGGUUGUUUCCAUCUCCGGGCUAUUGUAAAUAGAGCUGCAAUGAACAUUUUGGUACAUGACUCUUAAAAUAUAUUUAGAGCCUGGAGUUUUUCGAGAGAUGGUCAUAUUGAAAAUGUCCUGAGAUGAUUACUGAUUUGGUCCUAGACAUUGAUUUGUUGCCUGCCACAAAGAAAGCCCAGGAAAACUGUCAGUGACUGAGUUGAUGGUAAUCAUAGCAAAAUGUCCUUGGACCAAAUUUAUAAUAGUGUAUACCCCAUGCAAAGAGCACCAUGUGUUUCCUCUUAAUCUUUAUGAAAAGUUGGAUAUUGUGGAUGUCCCUUUUCUCUCAGGUGAGGAAACUGAGACUCAGAGAACUUGCAACUAAUGGUACAGGCUUAAUCGAUCUGUAGGUGGCAGCAGCGUGCUCUGAGGUCGGGCCCCACCUUAACCCCUGCCCUAUGUGACCUGGUGUGUCCCCCUAGGCUGUGGUGUCACUGGUGCAAACUCUAGGAGCAGUAACUGUAGUGGGAGUAAUCAUUUUUUGGAGUCCCUACAACAUGAUGGAUGUAUACUAAGUGUCUGUCCAAGAGAUCUCCUUUAACUCUCAGAAUUACUCUUAAGGAGUGAGUGGCAAUGCUUUUCCCAUUUGACAAAAGGGGAACUCAAGACUCAGAGGCUUACCACCUUACACAGAGCAUGGACUAUCUCUCAGGUCAUGCACAUUUCUCCUGCAUGGUGCCUGCAGUUAGGGACAGCAAUUUCAUUAUUUUUAGCCUGUUCUCACGUUUCCAAGGUGGAGGAACAAGCCAGUCAACGAAAGCUCCCAGAAGCAAACAUAGAUGGAGAGCAGACGAAGCAGGGGUGGAGGUUCUCGACUGAACCCUUUGCUUAGCUCUCGGCUUGGACACCUGUUGGAGUUCCUGCUCUGGCCAUCCUGCCCUGAUGCUGCACAUCUCUGCAUGUUUAUUCCAAAACAGAGUGGACUCUUCUAAGAACUCACCUCAAAGCUUUGUCUGCUAAUGAUCGAGGGAAAUGGGAGAAGCCCAUUUCCCACAGUGGUUCUGAUUCACACCCUAGGAUAACUCUCCAGGAUCCAAGUGAGUCCCAGAUUGCCCCACAGAGUGGUCAUAAGGACAGCCAGCCUUGUCUUCUUCUAAGGGGAUAAUGGAGCCAGGGUGACUGAGGUGUGCCCACUGUGCUUAGUUUAAGAGCAAAAGUUGGGAUGUGUGUUGAGACCUUGUCUCUCUUGGGUCCCUGGACAUCUUGGCUAGUCAGGAGGGUUUGCUUUAGCGGGGUGUCUUCUUGUAAUACCUUGUGACUGACCCCAGCCCUUGGACCCUGAUAGCCCCGCAGUGAUGACAGAGAGGUGACCCUGGAACAGGGAGGAGGAGAGCUGGGUAGAUGUUCUCAACUCUAUGGGCAGAGGCUGGUCCUACAUAAGCUGUGUUGGCCCUGGUACCUGAAGACCUGGAAGAGAGGCCUCUCUGUGGCUCAGUCUCCUCAUCUGUCAAAGGGAUAAUGAUACUCAUCUUGCCCAGGGCCUUGGGAGGGGCAGACCCAGGCCUGCUGUUAGUGGUCAUGCACAGCCCAGCUCAGGGAUUGCCACUGCAUCACACAAGAUCAAAUGCCCCCAUGGCAUUACUGUUAGAUGACACUGGAAAAAACACAAUGGAACAGGGUAAGGAUUCCAGGAUGAAAUAAUCAGCAGGCGUUUCUUCAGUCUGUUGUUCUCUUUCUACAGAUGGGAAGCUCAGGACCAGCAAGCCAGGUUAGUAAGUAACUUACGGGACAUGAGGAGCAAAGUCUGUAUUCAGACCCAGACCUUCCGAAAAGAAUUAACAUUGAUCAGAUUGAUUUUCCGGUCUGUCCUUGGCUAGACACUGGAGCACAACACCCCCCCACCCCACCCCCCUCCACACACACCCAGGGCUGUUAUCUCAAAGGCAGCGUAUGUGGGCUCUUCAACUCCUCUAUCCUCAGACCCUCCCCCACCCACAUCCCAUUGGCUGCUCCUGCUCUCACUUCCCCCACUGGGCCCUGCCAGCUGGUUAUGGUGAAGAUUGAAUAGGAUUCUGUUAGGGAGAGAGCUACCUUUGUUUUGGAAAUUGCUGUUGUAGUCAGACUGAUGACAGAAGAGGAAGAAAGGAGAAAACAAGAGAUGGCCAGAGGCUCUGCUUGUAGAAAUGACCCAAAUUUUGCCUUCUCCAUGAGACCAAUGCAGACCUCUCUAUUUAAAAUUGAAUCAUGUGCCCCCUUUUCCCCCAGUAUGGUUGAUCCCUCACCUUUGCUCUUCUCUGUCUCUUUGCCAGAGCAGUCACCGCAUUCUAAUCUACCCUGUAAUUUGCUUAUUUAUCGCUUUGUUUAUGUCAUGUCUCCCCCUCUAGACUACACUCCAGGAAGGCAAAGUCUCUGUCUCUUUGCUCAAAUACCUCCCAAAUGCCUGGAGUGGGCCUGAUGCAUGGCUCCGCGGCCACAGUCCUCAUCCUCAACGACAUACGUCCAGCACCAUGAAGGGCUUCCUCUUCGCUGGUAUCAUCGUCAUGCUCACGGUUGCAGCUGUAGAAUCCUUGAGUUGUGUGCAGUGUAAUUCGUUGACAGACCCCUGUGUUGACGGAAAUGCCGUUGAGUGUCCCGCAAAUGCCAGUAUCAGCUGUACCACUUUCUUGACGAACUUUUCUCUAGGAGAAAACAUCACAUGGUAUGAGGAUAAGGCCUGCUCUGCGGAUAAUUGCAGCGUGGCUGAGACCUUCACAGUCCACGUAUCUGCUAAUGAAACCUUCCAUUUUGCAAGCCAGUGUUGCCAAGGAAAGGCGUGCAAUGACACCAACGACACCAUAGAUCCCCCACAGGAAGAGGUGUCCAGCAACACAGGGUGCUCUGCAUGUUAUGGAUCUAGUGAAACUUCCUGUAAUGAGACAACCCAGAAAUGUUAUAAAGAAGAAAGAUGUGUCAGUCUAAUCGCAGAAUUUAAGAAUGAGAUGAAGCUCGUGCUGAAAGGCUGCUCCAAUGUCAGCAACUCCACCUGUGAGUUCCUGGCUACUGGAAAUCGGACGGUUGGAGGAGUCACUUUCCUAAAGUUUGAGUGUGAAAACAGCUCCGAUGUCUCCUCAACACCCACUCCCACUCCCCCGAGCUCCACCAGUGACACUGGCUCUAAAGGCUUCUUCACACCCUUGACCCUUGGCAGCCUUCUCCUGCUGAGGUUGCUGCUCUGAGAUCUGCACCCUCAAACCCCCCCGUCCCCUGUUUAACUGCUCAGUGAGUAACAGUAGCAGUCACAGCCUUCCAGGUAAUGCCCUGUGAUAGCCACAUUAUUCCUUAUUAUUAAAGCAUUGAUUCAUUCAAUGACCAAAUCUGUCCUGAUAUGUUCUGGGCUGGGCUUCCUUCAAGCCACUGUCCAGCACCACUUCCCAGUUACUUGCCUUUGAAAUCUUUGCACCUUUGUGUGUGGGCUCUCAGGACCUCCCUGAUCCCUGUCUAAUUUGCUUCUGAGAAGCAGACCCUUCCACCUUGCUGGCAUCUUUUGCUUACAGCCCUGCACUUCUGGGGAUCAACAUGCCACUGUCCCCAUCCUCACACUCGGAGGGAGGGGCCCAGCCAUAAUGCCCUGUGUUGACCCCAGCACUGAUAUUUGGCUCUUCAGCAAUUGAACUGGCUGUAGUCUCGGGCCCACAGUGACAUUGUCUAGGACACUGUCACCACCAGACCCAAAGUGGGUGCACAGGGGUUGCUGAAAGUUGUCAGAUUCCCCUGCCUAACCUCCCAGGCAGGGGCAUAAUGCUGUCAGUGCCCUGCUGACUAGGUGUCUCUAAGCCUUGUGCAGAAUGGAACAUGGCUACAGAGGCCCAGCCCCUCCUCUCAGAGAACUACAAUCAAAGGCAGAGUCCUCAACUCCACAGCAGAUACCCAGGGAGCAAGAAAACCAUUCAAUCCAAUAUGCACAGAAGCCCAGUUUUAGUAAAUAAGGGGGGCCUUGAGCUGGACUUGGAAGAAUGGGGUUUUCUGUAAUAAAAACUUUUAAAGGUGUAA